AUGGAUGCAUUAAAAGACUCGCUCAACGCCAUGGCUGAAAUGUUCGAACAGAAGAUGAGCGAGUUCCAGCAGGGCCUAGAUAAUGGACCCAUUACAAACACAUCCCUGGCUGCAGAGUUUAACAGCUUCAGGACCUUUGUGCUCUCUGCCAUGAAUACUUUGCAGAGACAGGUGGAGUUCCUUGGUAUAGAGGUUGAUCGUCUGGAGAUGCGUAGAAGGCGCAAAAUGCUACUAGUGCACGGAGUCAGCGAAGAUAAGUCGGAAGAUGUUACUUCACGUGUUUGUAAAGUAGUAGGGGAACAUCUUGGUGUGACUGGAUUCUCUGUUGCUUCCAUCAAGUCAUCCCAUCGCUUAGGACGUCCUUCCGAAAAGAAACCUCGUCCUAUAGUGGUAAAGUUUGCGGAUGUAGCAUUGCGGGAUAAGGUUUGGUUCUCCAAAACUGGAUUUAAGGGCAGCGGUUUAACUGUGUCAGAGUUUUUAACAAAGAGUCGUCAUAACUUAUUUAUGGAGGCAAGGCAGAGAUUCGGCAUAAACAAGUGCUGGACAAGGGAUGGAUGCAUACAUAUUAUAGGCUCAGAUGGUUCACAUCACCGAGCUGAGUGGAAAGCUGACCUACACAGCAUACCACAGACAUCUAAACAGACAUCUAAGCCUCUGACUCAGGGUACUGCCAGUCUCACCUCCAGGUCCAAAAGAACGGUCAAAAAUAAGUAAUAGGUUUAGUUAACUGUAAGCUUUUUGUAACUUCUAAUUACCUAUGUCACUACCACAAAGCCUAAGCUAUCCUAGUAUGAAUCUUUAUGUUAUGUAUAUGAAUUAAACCUUUUUUUAUUUAGUAUUUAUAACUUAUUACAAAAUUUCAUAACCAUCCUGUGUUGAUAAUUAAGAUAAUAUAUAAAGAAUGCAUAUACCUAACUUGUAAUGCACCAC